GGAGUUGGCGAGGAGACUGAUGCUCUAGGAGAAGAAUUAUCUGAAGAGUACAUAACAUUAGUUUCUUUUUCAACUAGGACCUUUUUAGAUCAUGUCAAGACACUUACGAUGCCAUCCUGUAGUACUUUCCGAGGGUGCAAGUUUGAUGAGGAGGAGAAGAAGAUGAGCACCUGA